AUGUCGACUCCAUCGCAGGUUAAUCCUCCCUCCUUUUUUGAGGAUAGUUCGAGGGUAAGAUUCUCACCCCAAGUCGAACCUCGGCCAAGAGUUUGGCCUCCGCGUCAAGGAAUCGAUCUGACUGAAGUCAGACAUGAACUCAUUCUCUACGGAGAGGUAAGUGGUGCAUAAAAAGGACGUGUUGCGAUCGGAAUAGUUAUGUUUAUAAUAAACAUUCCCGUCUUUGCUUCAGAUCAUAGCCAUUGUGUGUUUGGCGAUGGCAUUUACAAACUUGGCACUUUAUCCCUGGGUAGUGAAGGGCCAUACGAGUUUUCUGUACCACUAUGAGCACAUUUUGAAGCUGAACGGUUCUCGUAUUGAGGAAGUAAGUGAAUCGAUGCCAAAUUCAUUUCUCGUUAGCUCACCGACCUCAUUCGCAACAUUGAGCUCUGUCCAUAUGAAAAUAUGACUUCGGAAGACAUGAUCCAAUCGAUCUCUUAUACAACGCCAUGUGGUAUUAGCAACCGCUUCCCAAUUGUUGUAAGUUUGUGGUCCUUUCCAUAACAUCGACCUUUUUGAUGGAGUCUUAAUCAAAAACAAGGUUUUUAGCCUAACGACACAGACGAGAACUGCGGAAUGAGCACGAACUUUUUUCAUGGAUACAUAAAGAUGAGCAAUUUUGAAGAAUACAACAAUAAAUCCGGCUACAUCUCAUCCCGAGCACUUCAACAUUACCAUAAAUACGAUUGCUGUUUUACAAAUCGACUUUUCGGAUGUCCUUGCGGUUACCUUGCAGCUAAUGCGACAGUUUGCCUUGCCAUGUAAGACAUUUCCUACCAUGUCGCUAUGCUGCAUAUAAAAUUAACUAAAAUUUGUCGUUAUAGCCCUACAAACGGUUCUGUAUUUAAUUCAGACGAUGAAACAUACUGCAACGGAAUAGGAACGUAUAGAAACAUAAAAUCGCAGACACCCGAGUGCUUGGAAUACAAAAAGCUGUUCCAAGAAGUUGGAAGUAAGUUUGAGAUUGGUUGUAUGUAUGGUAAAUGCUAUAUGUACAUCAAAUUAAUACGGACCAUUUUCAGUUUCAGCAAAAGAAACAACCUACUGCUCCUUUGAAUAUGAUCAGAAAACGUUUCCAUUCAUACAGGGAGUUUGUGUCUAUGAGAAGACCAAUGAUCUCAUGACAUGGAUGUUUUAA